CUCUGUGUCUCCUCCUCUCCGUUUAUCGUCCGAACUCCGUCAGUCUACUACGGUAUAGUGGUAGCGGAGGCGCAGCGGUGGGCUGGCUUGGGUCUUUGAUGCAAGCGCGAGAAAGGAGCUGCCGCGAAAGGAGACUUGGAGAGGCGCUUGAGCGCAAGCGGAGCCUCGCGGGAGCGCAUGGCUCAGCGGCGCGAGAGCAACAAGUCACCACCUUGGCUUCCUCCUCCCCCCUAGCUGGGGUGCGUGCGAGCGACACCGCCCCCUCCCCAAAGUUACGUGCCCGAGCCCUCUUCCAGCUCUUCCGUAGGUAUCCUGCAAAGACGUCUCUGGGCACCAGAGGAGGUGCCUGUCUAGCUCAUUCUCUCUGGCACGGUCGCCGAAGCUGCUGGGUUAGGCUUCUCCACCGAUAUUUCGUUUAAGAGAGUGAAGACAACCCUGUGAGAUUGACUAGUGACUGCCGCGCUGGGGUGAGUCACUGAGGCGUGCAGAGGCGGAGGAGAGAGAGGAAGCGGCGGCUUUGGUGGUUUUUUUCCCUUCCCUGGACUUAAACUCGCCCUUUCCUCCUACCAUCGGUGAGAGCCCGGUGAGCGAAAGGAAGCUUUCCCUCUCUCCCACCCCCAUCGGCCAGGCCUUGAGCGCUGCUGCUGCUCUUACUUGUUUCCCCACCGGCCUGGUUCCUGCCGCUAAGCGGAGGGAGCCGCACCUCAGGGGGCCACACGCCCGGCGGGGGAAGGAGGGAGCGAGCACCGCCGAAACGACGCGUAAUGGGAGCAGUCCUGGCGGGUUCUGGAGCCGCUGGUGAGGCCAUCGUCACCUGAAAGCGAUGGUGGCGGAUCCACAGACGACAGCACGACUAGUAGCAGCAGCGGCCCUGGCCAUUGUCUGCCAAGAUAUGAGACAUGAGUGUUGGACGCAGAAGAUUAAAGUUGCUGGGGAUUCUAAUGAUGGUCAACUUCUUCAUAUAUGUGAUUGUGGAAGUGUCAAAGAGCAGUGGCCAAGUGAAGAAUUCAAAAAGACAAGUUAUAAUACCAAAUGCAAGAUUCUGGAGAAAGUAUGUUCCUCACAAGGCAUAUUGGAAUAAACAGCAGCAGAAGUUGGAACGCUUAUCCAAUCCUAUUUUUACAUUGCUUACCAAUGUGACUGUGGAAGAAAGCUUAUCCUAUAUUGGUAACCUUUCAAAUGUUUGUGAUCCUGACCCAUUUGUCGCUUCACAUAUUAAUGGCUUUGAAGACUUGCCAGAAAGAUUUAAAGACUUCUUGCAUUACUUGAGGUGUAGAAAUUAUUCGUUAUUAGUGGACCAACCGCACAAGUGCAAACAUAAACCUUUUCUGCUUCUGGCUAUCAAAUCGCUUAUUCCCCAUUUUGACAGAAGACAAGCAAUCCGGCAGUCUUGGGGAAAAGAAAUUAAAUCGGGAGAUGUAACUAUUGUGAGGGUCUUCCUAUUAGGCCAGACCCCUCCAGAGGAUAACUAUCCUGAUCUCUCAGAUAUGUUGAAAUUUGAGAGUGAAACCCACCAAGACAUUCUUCUAUGGGACUACAGAGACACUUUCUUUAAUUUGACUCUGAAAGAGGUACUGUUUCUGAAAUGGGUCAGCAAUACCUGCCCAGGUGCCCAGUUUAUUUUCAAGGGAGAUGAUGAUGUUUUUGUGAAUACCCAUCAGAUCCUGGAUUACUUGAAGAGUUUAACCAAGGAUAAAGCCAAAGACUUGUUCAUAGGUGAUGUGAUCAAAGAUGCUGGACCUCAUCGUGAUAAGAAUCUGAAGUACUUUAUCCCAGAAAGUAUUUUUGAAGGCUCUUAUCCUCCAUAUGCAGGAGGUGGUGGGUUUCUCUAUUCUGGUGAUUUGGCAUUAAGAUUAAACAAUGCAUCUGACCAAGUACUUCUCUAUCCUAUUGAUGAUGUGUAUACUGGAAUGUGCCUUCAGAAACUUGGGCUCGCUCCAGAAAAACAUAAAGGCUUCAGGACAUUUGGCAUCGACGAGAAACAUAGGGAUGAUAUUUGUUCCUACACAAAUCUAAUGUUAGUCCACAGCAGGAAACCUCAAGAAAUUAUUAAGAUUUGGACGAACUUGCAGGAUCCACAUUUAAGUUGUUGAGUACAUAUAUGUUGAAGAGCUCUCCAAAUUUGGGUAUAAUUUCUUGGCUAAAUGGUUAGUACACUGUGUUCAUUCAGUGGUUUGUUUUGCAAAACACAACUAGCUAUAAACAGUUUGUCCAGAACUUCUAAAAGAGAAACUACAUCAGUAACAAUUCUGCACAUCAUGAGGAUAUGGCAUGUAGACGUAAUCCUUCUUUCUACUGUCAUGUGUGUUCAUUACUUUCAUCCAAUAAAAAUGGAAAAAGCAUACCCUUUGGAAGUUGUGAUUAAACUAAUAAUUAAUUAAAUGAUUGGUUAGCUCUGUGAUAUCGGAAGGGCUUUCCUGUUUUUUAAUGCUAGUAAUUAUUUGAUUCUGGUGGUGGAAUCUAUACACUGUUUGAUUUGUUUCCUGAGAUGAGAUACCUUGGAGACUUCGUUGGAUCUCAAAUUCUGGAAACUAACUUCAAAAUAAAUAAAUAUGGAAGUAUCCAACUGAGUCAUACUUGGAGUAGACCUAUUGAAAUCAGUGGACUUUAGUCACAACUAAUUUAAGUGGGUCAUCUCUGAGUUUGGCUUAGUCAGAUGCAACCUAUGAUGAAUAAUGCCCGUAUCACCAAAUGAUUGGUUUUUGUAGCUUUCCUUUUCUUCCUCAUUAUAUCCCACCACUGAAUAGUAUUCAGUUAAAUGUGAUGGAGACAUCUGUGCAGUCUAUGGUUGAGAAGCUGUAUAGCAGAGGUAGGGAACCUUUGGUCCUCCAGAUGGUGUAGGACAGCAACAUCUGGAGGCCAAAGGUUUCUGACACUUGCUAUAUAACUUAAUACUUGAAGUGUAAUUUGGGAGGUUAAGUAUUGUUUUGUAUCAGACUUAGGUGAAGGUCAAGCAUUUUACACUUUUUAAAUUGCCAUCAGACCUAUACCUUCUCCUUUUACUUAUCAGUAGGCUUAACAUUUGUUGAGUUAUCUUUUAUAUUGUUAAAAAAUCAGGCAACUUGACUGAUAUGAUUAAUUCAUCUAUGAACUGUUAAUUGGCUUAGAUCGGCUGGGCCUUCUCUUCAGGCUAGGGUUAGAACGUCAUGAAAAUGUGGCAAUUACUGAGAUCUGAAACUACUUAAGUGACCCCUAACAUUGUAAAGGGUAUCUUGGAGGCAUGGAUCCUAAAACAUUCUAACUCCUAUCUGCCAUAUCUUCAUCUGUGUUAUGUCAGACAAUUACUCAAAACAGUGACUGCUUUCUUUAUAUAUGUAGAAGUGCCUGUAUUUAUUGUUCAGAUUGAAGACCAAAACAUUUUCUUAAGUAUAUUUAAGAAACAUUUGUAUAGUGUUGUCAGUGAUAUUUAAAUAGAGUACACUAUUUUAAUGUGCUGAAAUAUAAAAUGUUAAAUAAAGUUAAUUGUUUUUGAAUUUGAAAAA